GCGCUGUUCUUGGUGAUAGUCUUCCACCUGCCCAACAAGAGCUACAUCCAGACUUUCAACGGGCUCUCAAGUGAGCAACUUUAUACAAACACGGGCUAUGUGCUGGCCUACAGCUUCCUGGAACUGACUUCGCUGAUCGCAGCGCUGGCUGUGCUAAAGCGCACACUGGGGAUAUCAUCUUUACACCAACUUGGCUUUAUCCUGGAAACUCAGGCGAGUAGGAUACAAUCGAAACUAAUGCUCUGGUUCGUGUACGUCAUGCAAGUCCCGCUUGUGCACGUCGGUAAG